AUGCUUCGCGGAAAUCACGAGACUUCCUCAAUCAACAAAUCCUACGGCUUCUAUAAAAACGUCUUGGAUCUCUACAGAAAUGAUCAGCUCUACGAUGCUUUCAACAAAGUCUUCGACUGCAUGCCUUUGGCUGCUCUCAUCUCUGGAAGGAUCCUUUGUAUGCACGGCGGUCUGAGCCCUCCUAUGCUUGAGGCAAAAAAUCUCAGAGUCAUUGACGCUAUCGUUCGGCCAUUACCUGAUUCGCUAAUCAAUCCUGCCAACAAUCAAAUGGCCGUCGAUCUGCUGUGGGCUGACCCAGAUGUGAACGUUCCACUAUUUGCUGCUAAUAGUCGUGGCGUUGGACACAUAUUUGGGCAAGAAGUAAUUGACAGAAUUCGAACGCGCUUCGGGGUUGACCUGAUAAUUAGAGCACAUCAGGUUGUGCUAGAUGGUCACGAGUUCUUCAACGGAACCCCUGAUUCAGGACUGAUAACGCUCUUUUCGGCGCCACAUUACUGUGGGAUGUAUGACAAUUCGGGAGCGAUCGUUCGUGUGGCCGUUGAUCUUGGUGUCUCGUUCAAACGCUUCGAACCGGCAUUCAAAAGCUCUCCAUCAAGAGGCUGAAAUGUCCUGAGAUCCUUCAGAUGAUUGGUUGUUGUAAUUGCUAAGAAAAAUUG